AUGCCAAGAAAAGGCGUCUUAUAUUCUAAUGAAGAGGGCUUCGAGGAUGCUGGAGCUGCUGAGGGUCGACAAGGGCAAACAGGUUGUGCUGACGAAUGUGCUGCCCCACUGAUGUCAUCACCUUCGCCGAAUUCUUUUGCAGCAAAGGAGGAGGAGGAGGAAGAAGAGGAGACGAUGAUGAUGAGUCACGAGAAGAGGGCUGUGAAGCAGCUUGUGCAGCAGAGCCUGCAUACUAAUAUGAAGAGGAUGGUGGAGAGGGCGAAUUUGCCGCAAGAUUUUGUGCCCUCCGAGCAGUUGAAGGCACUCGCAAUUCCAUUGAGGAUGGCGAUUUCGUCGGCCUCGCUCCAUAUUCUCUGGAACAGUUGUUUCUUCUCGGAUGUCUCGGGUUCAGCCUUCUUACUGUUCUUCGACUUCUUGGUGACAGUGGGCUCCGUCACUUUACCCUCCUCGACGGCCCUCUUCCUGGUAGAUCUGGCCGCUGACGCCGGCGUCAGCGGCCAGAUCUACCAGGAAGAGGGCCGUCGAGGGAAGGGGUUUGGGGUUUCCUCGCGGCUGCCGGCGGUGCUGAAGACUUCCGGAUCGGUUCGGGCUCAGAUUCGAUUUCCUCAGACGAAGAAUCGUCGGUUUGCUCCUCGCCAGAAGAGGUUUCAGAGGAGACGAGCUCACGGGCUUUCGACAUUUUUCGGUGAGAAAAAUGUUAGGGUUUUUCUUUGGAGGGGUCAGACUGAGGGUGAGUGA